AUGGAGCAAGGGAAAAGCAGCAAUAGCAAUGGUGGUGUGCUAAGAGGAUGCAUCAAAACAAGCAAAGGGCCGUGGCUAGUUCGCCGGCCGACCAAAAACGGCGGUCUAGUGACGAAGCUACGUUUUCCUUCAGACAAGGAGCGUCUGAACAACAAGCAGCGAGAAUCGAGGAGGAGAUCUGUGGCCCAUAAAAUAUUUUCGGGCUUACGGGCCCAUGGUAACUACCAUCUUCCAAAGCAUGCUGACUCAAACGAUGUUCUUAAGGCUCUUUGUAAUGAAGCUGGCUGGCACGUCGAUGAAGAUGGCACUGUUUCUAGAUCAAAGGUUUGUGAAUCGAAAAUGCCGAGCUUGAUCGAACACGAAACGAACCGGGUUUCCGGAUGUGAGUUCGGGUUUGAAGAUGAAGAGUUUUGUAAAUGUGGGCGUAGUAUGGAUUUGCAGUGUGAUGGCCACCUUGAUACUACCCUCACCCUUUAA